CAGGGCGGGAUUUCUACAGUUCACUUGGCAGUUCCAGGUCCCUGGGCCUGUCGCUAAAACUCCUUGCUCCCUGCUUCUUGCUGGCAUGGCGACCGCCGCCAUACCAUUCGUGCCAUUGUUGUCGAGGUUGUGGUCUCGCGCCAUCCCCAGUCUCCCGUCGCAAAAAAAACAGAGCCGCCAGCCUAGAACACCUCAGCCCUGUCAACAGAUCAUUCGCCUCAUCCCCACGACAAUCAUCAAGACCGAUUUCAAAAGGGCUACUAUCUGUGCUUGUUGCAUCUGCAAGACGGACCACCAAAUAUUUCGGCAUAGCAUGACGCGAAGCUGACGCGACCCUACGAGACACCGCAUUUCAACUUCUAUUUUGAUAUACAAGCUUCGGCCCGGCUCAGUCCUAACUGCGCGGCAUCCACUCGCAGCAAAGCAGCAUUAUCUGUCAUUCAUAAGCCUUUACAGCCAUGAGUGAUCUGGACAGGGCGAUCGCUCAGCUGCGAGCAUGCCGGCCAAUACCAGAAUCAGACGUCCGCGAACUCUGUCACAAGGCCCGGGAAAUCUUGAUCGAAGAAGGAAACGUAGUUACAGUUAAUGCGCCGGUAACGAUAUGUGGAGAUAUUCAUGGCCAGUUUCACGAUUUGAUGGAACUGUUCCGCGUCGGCGGCGAUCCUCCCGAUACCAAUUAUCUGUUUAUGGGUGAUUUCGUUGACCGUGGCUUCUACUCGCUCGAAACAUUCUUACUUCUUCUCUGCCUUAAAGUUCGAUACCCCGACCGCAUGACCCUCAUCAGAGGCAACCACGAAUCACGACAGAUCACAACCGUAUACGGUUUCUACGAUGAAUGUUACAGGAAAUAUGGCAGCGCAAAUGUUUGGCGCUACUGCUGCGACGUGUUCGACUAUCUCGCCUUGGGCGCUAUUGUUCUCGGGGCCUCCAAUACCAUCUCACCAAGCGCUGGCGAGUCCAGUAUACCAACAACACCUGAAGGAGACGAGGUGGAAAUCGAGGUGUGCAACGCACAGGGCGAAGUAAUGAGCAGGUUUCCUCGGCCCAACAACGGUGCAGACAGCGAUGUACAGAGCAGGACCAACGGGAUACCACCACCGAGUAAUACAGGCCCACCUGGUUCAGGAGCGUCGGGAUUGAGCAGAGGAACAGUGGGCAACCCAGCCGGCGCCGUUCUAUGUGUGCACGGCGGCCUUAGUCCGCUGAUAGACAAGGUUGACAAAAUCAGGCUGCUGGACCGAAAACAGGAGGUUCCACAUGAGGGUGCUAUGUGCGACCUCUUGUGGUCCGAUCCGGACGAGAUUGACGGUUGGGGGUUGUCACCUCGGGGUGCCGGCUUCCUCUUUGGUGCCGACAUCGUCAAAGUGUUCAAUCAUCGCAAUGACCUCAGCCUGAUUGCCCGUGCCCAUCAGCUGGUCAUGGAAGGUUUUAAGGAAAUGUUCGAUGCCAGCAUCGUUACCGUUUGGUCAGCACCAAAUUACUGCUAUCGCUGCGGAAACGUUGCUGCACUUCUUGAGCUAUCGGAAGACGAUUCGGGCUUGGGUGUGCUUGCCCGCAGUAAUGGCGAUGUCAAUCGCAGUAAUGGUGGUGCAGGAUCUUCUGGAGGGCUCGGGGAGGGUGAGCUACAACCGAUGAAGGGUCCAGCAAGGCGUUACCGGGUCUUCCAGGCGGCUCCUCAGGAUUCAAGGGGAAUGCCAGCCAAGAAGCCAGUGGCCGACUACUUCCUGUAAACCGGCUACCGGGCAUUUUUUGGAAUACGUUGUCCCAUGUUCGGUCUACGAGGGACAAGUAUGACUACAUAACAUGCGACAUGUAGCUCAGUGUGCGUAUUAUUUUGGGACACUAUACCCCAGCGUCAUGGAUUUUGGGUUGAAAGAUCUUUGUCCAGGAAAACGCAGGAAAUGGGCGUGCAAUGUCUGGUCGGGAAAACAUUGGCAUGAAAUUCGCUAAAUGAAUCUACUGGACAUAGUAUUUGAAACUGCCAGAUGGAUUCAGCAUCCCCAAGAUAGUAACUCUCCUGAAUAGGUGUGACUCGAAUUUCGAGCGAUAGGCUGAGCCAUCGUCACCUUCAUUCCGUUAUACCGGGUCUUAUAGAAGCAUAUAAAUUUUGAAAUAGCGUCAAGAUGAAUGAAUCACCCAGCUCC